AUGUGCGCGAUAUUUGGUUUUUCCAGCCGCAGUGACACCCGCGGGACAAAACGAUCAACUAACGGCCACUUCUUUUCAAUUCCGAAGACCGUGCACAACCAGUGCGAGCGCUCGAAAGCGUUGAGCACGAAGCGGCGCAGCUUAUGGCUGGCGCGCAUUAAACGUGCUGACUUAGAGAUCGAGAACCCCAACCUGCGAGUCUGCGGCGUGCACUUCAUUACAGGAAAGCCAGCUAAACUGAUCGACGAUACGGACCCCGACUGGGCUCCAUCGCUUCUACUCGGCUACAGUGCCCAGAACACGGACCCCUCACGACGCAGACGCCUCGAAAAACGACGCGCCGUAAAGCGGCAGGCGGACGCCGAAAAGUGGGAAGCCGAAGCGCAGAAACGGCGUGCCGAGGCCGAGGCGGCUGCAAUAGGGAUCCAGCAGUGUGCCAAUCGGCAACUCUCGCCGCACCCGACUGGAGAAACCGACGCUGACGAAAGUGAUACAGGUGUUACAGUGCAGACAGAGAUGACCAUGGAGGAUAUUCAGCUACUGGAGCAACAGUGCAUCUCACUGAAUGAACGCUUCUAUGCCGCCCGUGUCGAGAAAGAGGAGCUUGUGGAGAGUGCUGCAUCCCUCAACAUCAACAACAGCCUGUCAAAAUUCCAGGAAUUCAUCCUCUUCAUGAUGAAAAUCAAGGUGAACAUUCACAACACCGAUCUUGUAUUUCGCUUGAACAUUUCUGAAGCAACAGCAUCGCGGAUUUUUGACAAAUGGCUGCACGGUGCAUAUUGUGAGCUUCCACAGAUUUGA